UUGGCACCUAAUCAGGAUACCAGGCAAGUACUGCAUACAACCUGUAUUUGGCAAAAGCGAGCUGACGCGCAUGAUGUCGACAUUACCCAUCUGACAUGAAAUUCUCAUUUGUCCUCUCUCUAUUAUCUUGCUUUUUAUCUCUCGCUAUAGAUCCAAUACAGAGACUGAUCACCUUGGGAAUUCGUUAUCCGGAACCGAGCAAACCUCAUCGGCAACUGUCAACAAUUACGACUCGAUCAUCACGUAUGGGUUUUCGCCCGAGGCGUCCUCCUAUAUGCUGAAUCAGUUCCGGUCAUUUGGCACGGUGGUCCGAUUCGAGACUGGAUUUUAUGGACGCUCUGCGUCAGAGUCGUUCAAUUGGCUCAAGAUCCAGUACGCAGCGCCCUGGGCAGCGCGAAAUGCCACGAGCCGGAAUUUGAAGGCCGUGGGCAAGAUUAUUGUGGGCGUGCACCCAUGCAGGUCGUUCUCAACCGCGAGACCCUCGUCAUUUUCGUCACCGAGUAUGGAUAUGGACACGAGCACUGAUGGAGAACAGGGAGCGUUCAAUUGGAAGAGCAUCACGAACGACUUGACGGAAACGGAGGCGAGAGAAGUCGAGGCUGGCGUCGACAUGCUGCUGAUGAUGAGAACUCAAGGUGUGGGUCUGGAGACACUGUCGCAGAGCCGGACAUCACAGAUUGGAGCGACGAAGGCAAGGCAUGCUAGUCUGUAUGAGUCGUGGAGUCAAGGAGGAGCUUCUGUUGGGUCGUCUACAUCAUCACCAUUAUCGUCAACUAUGGCCUAUUCUGGGACGACGACACUGGGUGACAGCGCUUUUGGUGCCUCGACGAGGAAAUCUUCAGCCGACCAGGAGGAUGAGGAUAUGGCAUACAUUCUGGGCCGCAGUCUAACCUCGGGUGGAUCCCUGGUGCGAUCGGCACGGGGACGUGGAUUCGAGCGCGAGAAAAAUGACUUUCUGGGAUCGACGUCCAAGGAUCAGCAGCAUGCACAGGAUCAGGAUGCGAAGCACAGUAUGGUCGAUGGUGGUAUCCUUUCAGAGCCACAAGCUAUCGACACCACAUCUGUGGGAUUCCGGCCACUUUUCAGCAGUAGUGAAUCGAGAGGGUUUUCUGGAAAUGCGGGAGUUACUGGGUCAGGAUUCGAUUCAGGGCUACAACAGCACCAUCACCAACCGCAACAGCAAAUGCAGGAGACAUUGUUUGGACCGCAGCAUCAUCAUCUGUCUCUGAGACGUCCACAUCUGGGAGCUUCAAGCGCUUCGGAUUCGACAUUGUUUGCGUCAUCCAGGGGCGUGCUUGUCGAUGCGGCGGAUGCAAGCAGUGCGGGCCCGGAUUCAUCAUCACCAGUGCAUUACCAGAAGCGACAGCGCCUCUCGUCCAGUUUGUUCACACCAAGGUCCUCCACCUCCUCAGCACCUGCAUCGACAUCCGCAGGCCAGGGAAAUAAUGUGCCACUCAGCCAGUUUGGCAUGGGACGGGAUAGGACUUCACUGCUGAUCGAUGAUCCAGCACUGGUGGAUUCCUGGGGCGUGCCAUUGGCGAGGGCCUCGCAAUUAGGAUCAACAUCUGCUAAUGCGGCGGUGAAGACAACUUCACCAGCAACGGGAGCCACAGCAGCAUCGGGAGCUGGAGGUGCGAAUGGACAACAGACAGGAGGAUCUGGGAGCGUGAUCUCGGCAGUGUUCAACAUGGCCAAGAAGCGGUUGUUCUGGGGAUGAAGAUGGGCAGGAAUUGUUUUCGACGAGAGAGUUGCAGGUGGACGAUACAUGAACAGCGAAUGAUCGAGUGCAAAAGUAAAGAAAAGACGAAUAAAGACGGCCCUUGGCGCACUUUAAUGCCAGGUCCUUGAUCCUACAACUAUUGUUGUCGCGCUUUACACUUAACAAUAUCAACG